UUCUAAAUGACGCCCGUAUCCUUGGUGUCUUGUAAACACUUUGUUCAUGUUUUGCAAAUGUAAUUGAAUUUAGAGAUGAAUGUUCGUGUUGUUGCUAUAGAUUUUGGGACAACAUACUCAGGAUAUGCAUUUUCAGUAACAAAACCUGGACGCAAACUGAAAGAUGUAGAAAUACUAGCCAGUCAGGUUUGGAAUUCCGGAACUUCAGGGGUUGCAUCCCUUAAAGCACCCACUAGUUUACUACUUAGAAGGCAUAAAGAAAUAGUAGCAUUCGGUUUUGAAGCCGAAGAGCAAUAUGCAGAUAUAACACUGGAUGGAAAGGCAGACCAUUACUAUUUUUUUGACAGAUUUAAGAUGGAACUUCAUAACAACAAGAACAUUACAUCCCGAAUGCGUCUUGAAGAUGUAAGAGGACAGACACUUCCUGCAAUUGAGGUGUUUGAAUUGUCAAUUAAAGCUUUAAUAGAUCACUUGCAACAAACUGUUAAAAUAAAGAACAUCAAAAUUGACACUGCAAAAAUAACAUGGGUUUUGACUGUUCCUGCAAUUUGGACAGACAGGGCCAAGCAGUUUAUGAGGGAAAGUGCGGAGUUGGCUGGUAUUCCACACAACAUGCUUAAGAUUGCCCUAGAACCUGAAGCAGCAUCCAUUUAUUGCCAAACAUUCCCAUAUCCUGGUAGCAAAGAUAUAACGAAAGCAGGUUCAAAGUACGUGGUUGCAGACCUUGGAGGUGGGACUGUUGAUAUUACUGUACACGAAAAACUGAAUGACGGAACACUUAAAGAGCUUGAAAGGGCUCGUGGUACAGCUUGUGGGGGAACAUCUAUUGAUAAGGCUUUUUACCAACUGAUGAUUCGUGUAUUUGGUGCACCACUGUUGCACAAAAUGAAAUCACAUUAUCCGAGCUGCCAUUUGGCCCUAGAAAGAUGCUUUGAGGGUGUAAAAAGAACAUUACAUCCAGAUAAAACCGGAUAUGUUAAUGUAACAAUUCCGUAUGCAACACUUGAUUCUCUUUGUCAAUCAGAAUUGGGGAAAAAUAUCAAUGGUAUUGCUAAAUCUAGUUCGAUUUCAAAACAUUUUCAGUUAUUGGGGGAUAAGUUGCGAAUUGAUGCAUCAUUUGCAUUGUCUUUAUUUAAAUCCACCAGUGAUAGCAUUGUAUCGUUACUCGAGUCUAUUGUACAAAAGAGAAUAUUGACCGAUACUGCAGGUAUUAUAUUAGUCGGUGGUUUUGCAGAAUGUAAAGUGAUACAAGAGAAUGUACAAACUGCAUUCCCAAGACAAAACAUCAUUUUACAAGAAGAUCCUGGUUCUGUCGUUCUGAAGGGGGCGGUUUUAUUUGGUUAUAAAUCUGAUUAUAUUUCAUCACGAAUCGGAAGACAUACUUACGGUGUAAGAAAGACAUCUCAUUUUGAUAAAAACAAGUAUCCUGAACACAGAAAAACGUAUAUCAAUGGCGAAGAAAAAUGCAAAAAUGUCUUUGACACUUUUAUGGAAGCCAAAACGUCUAUUGCUUUAGGACACAUAAAUGAAAAGACAUAUGUCACAUGUCUUCCGUUUCAGAAACGGUUAACAGUUGAAGUCUAUUAUACUGAUAACCAAAACGUGAUAUAUACAGACGGAAACGACUGCACCCUACUUGGGAAAUUAUCAUUAGACAUUUUGAAUCCAACAAAACAUAUCCGCUAUAUUACAGCUAUAUUUCAUUUCGGUGACACAGAAUUCUCUGUAAAAGUAGUAGAUGAUGAAUCUGGUUCGCGAGAGAAAAAGUUUUUCGAACUUAAAGAUUAG